AUGCCAAACAUGAGUCUGGCAUUGGAGAAGAAGGUCAGGAGAGAAUUGCAGUUCCUACCGGACCCUCUCAAGCUCGCCGAUCACGUCCGCGGUGUCCUCAAGAAAGGCGAUGUCGAGAAAGCACUUGCUCUUACCCGCAUAGCCAGUAAAGACAUGGAGUGUGUCGUUAGUUGGAACCACAUCAUCGGCCACUUGCUGUCCGAGAAACAGGUCUCCGCUGCCCUGAAGCUAUACAACGAGAUGAAGAAGCGCGCUCAGUUUCCCGACUCGCAUACCUACGUUAUCAUUCUCCGCGGCCUCUCCGAGCCUCCUGUCGCCGCCGACACGCUGGGAAAAGCCCUUGCCAUCUACCAUUCUCUAGGCGCAGAGAAUUCUCGAGUAAAGCCCACCACCAUACACACGAAUGCUGCAUUGAGAGUAUGUGCACGAGCACACGACAUGGACGCACUAUGGAGCAUUGCCGCAAAGAUUCCGGAACAGGGUGCUGGCGCCGCUGAUGCUUACACCUAUGCUACUAUUCUCAAUGCAAUCAGAGAGCAUGCUUUGCUGGAAAGUGGUGACAGAAAAGACGACAGUGAAAUUGCCGCCCUCAGAGCGACAUCAAUUCAGCAAGGUCGACGAAUCUGGGGAGAUAUUGUUGGAAGAUGGCGAGCUGGAAGCAUCAUGGUCAAUGAAGAGAUGGUCGGUGCUAUGGGUCGUCUACUUCUCAUUGGCUUACAACCGAGAGAUUGGGACGAUGUCCUCUCUCUUAUCGAACAGACUAUGGGAAUCCCUCGUCUUGCUCCUAAAUUGGGCAGCAAGAUGAGAAAGGCUCAGCAUCUACCGAUUCGCGUGCAUGAUGAUGUCAAAAGGGAGCAAACGAAUGUCAUAGAUGGUGAAGAGCCCGAAAGUGAGUUCGAUCGCGCACUCUUGCUUGACAAGCGAGGCAAAGAAUCAGUUCAGCUCAUCCCACCCGGCAACAACUCGUUGUCACUCCUUCUUGAGGCUUGCAAGCUCACAUAUGCAUUCCGAGAAUCAUACGAGUACUGGGAUCUGCUGACCAACAAAUCUACGUACAACCUUCGACCCGACAUGGACAAUAUACAUACGUUCAUGCGUAUCCUACGACAAACGCGUGCUUCUGGUCGUACUCUCGACAUCAUCACGGACAUUAUCCCAAGGCUUGGUUGGACUCCUCACCGCAAGACUUUCCGUAUUGCCAUGAGUUCUUGCAGCCGUGACAAGAAGAACCCGAAUGUCAUGGAAUACGCCAACACGCUUGUGAGGUUGAGCGAACACUAUAAUAUGGAACCGGAUCCGAAGAUGCUAUUGCAAUACAUGGAGCUGGCUUUGUCUACCCAAGACGGAGAGGUCAUCAGGCAGACAGUUGAGCAAAUGGAGGGCUCCAUCACAAAACUCAAGUCAUUGAUCUCCUUUGGACAGCACGACGGCAAGAAGUCGUCGUCUUGGGACAAGCAAGAUAUCGUGACCUUGAUGCGCACGGUUGUUGGUGCCAUUGAUCAAAUGACAAACAAACAAUUGAUUCCUGCAGAGAAGAUACAGAGCCUGGUACAGAAGCGGGCGAAGAUGAACGCUUUCAUCACAAGACUGAUGGACAGGAUGGAAGGAAAGAACAUCAUUCCUAAAGAAAAGCUCGUCGAAUUGCGAAGAGACAGCAGACAACUCAGACACCUUCGCCAGAAGCUAGUUGAGAAGGAGAAGAAGGCAAAGGGCACGUGGGUGAAGGACAAGAAGGACCUCAACGCACAGCCUCUAACUGAUUCGCCGUUUGAUGCAUAG